GCCCCUUCUGCUUCUGUUCUUUCUGUCCCUCUGCCCUAAUUCCAAUCAUCACCUCCAUCACUUCCACAUUCAUUCACUGUGUGUAAUUUCACACUUUCACACACUCGCCACCACCACCACCGUCAUCGUCACCGUUAUCGUAACCGUUUUGUUGCUAAUUGUUAUUAUUAUCUAUAUCUAUAUAUCUACCGAUGGAUCCACAGGUCCAGCAAGCACAAUUGGCGGCAAUUCUCGGUGCAGAUCCGGCGCCGUUUGAAGUGUUGAUAUCGCACCUGAUGUCUGCAUCGAACGAGCAACGAUCAAACGCAGAGGAGCUAUUCAAUCUAUGCAAACAAGCGGAUCCUAACAGGCUCGUGCUUAAACUCGCUCAUAUGUUGCAGUUAUCGCCUCAUAUGGAAGCGCGUGCCAUGUCAGCAGUUCUGUUACGGAAACAGUUGACUCAGGAUGAGUCGUUAGUGUGGAACUCGUUAUCUCCUGAGACUCAAUCUUCACUUAAAUCUGUGUUUUUGAAUUGUGUGCAGAACGAACAGGCGAAGACGAUAAUGAAGAAGUUAUGCGAUGCUAUAUCGGAAUUAGCUUCGGUUAUUUUGCGAGAUAACGGUUGGCCCGAGCUGUUACCGUUCAUGUUUCAGUGUGUUUCGUCGGAUAAUUAUAAGCUGCAGGAGUCUGCUUUGUUGAUAUUCGCACAUUUGUCACAGUACGUAGGCGAGAGUUUAAUUCCGCAUAUAAAACAUCUUCAUGGAGUGUUUUUGCAGUGUUUGACUACAUCCGGAAGUGCAGAUGUGCGAAUUGCUGCGUUGAGUGCGGCGAUUAAUUUCAUCCAGUGCUUGUCUAACGCUGGGGACAGAGAUCGGUUUCAGGAUUUGCUUCCGGCGAUGAUGCAGACGCUGACUGAGUCGUUGAAUGGUGGACAAGAGGCUACAGCGCAAGAGGCGUUGGAGUUGUUGAUUGAAUUGGCGGGGACGGAACCGAGGUUUUUGAGAAGGCAGAUAGUUGAGGUGGUGGGGUCAAUGUUGCAGAUUGCUGAGGCGGAGCCGUUAGAGGAAGGGACUAGACAUUUGGCGAUUGAGUUUGUGAUCACGCUUGCAGAGGCGAGAGAAAGAGCACCGGGGAUGAUGAGGAAGUUGCCGCAGUUUGUUAGUAGAUUGUUUGCGAUAUUGAUGAGGAUGUUGUUGGAUAUCGAGGAUGAACCUGCUUGGCAUUCUGCGGAAACGGAGGAUGAGGAUGUCGGGGAGUCGAGUAAUUAUAGCUUUGGACAGGAAUGUUUGGAUCGGUUGGCAAUUGCGUUGGGUGGGAAUACCAUUGUCCCUGUUGCUUCUGAGCUGUUGCCUGCGUACUUGGCUGCACCGGAGUGGCAGAAACACAAUGCUGCUCUCGUUGCUCUUGCACAAAUUGCUGAGGGAUGCUCAAAGGUGAUGAUUAAAAAUUUGGAACAAGUGGUGACCAUGGUUUUAAAUUCAUUCCAAGACCCUCACCCACGAGUGAGAUGGGCAGCUAUUAAUGCAAUCGGGCAGUUAUCUACAGAUUUAGGUCCAAACUUGCAAGUUCAGUACCACCAGCGUGUGUUGCCAGCACUAGCUUCCGCAAUGGAUGAUUUUCAGAAUCCCCGCGUUCAGGCACAUGCUGCUUCAGCUGUGUUAAAUUUCAGUGAGAAUUGCACACCUGAUAUUUUGACACCUUACCUAGAUGGAAUAGUGAGCAAACUGCUUGUACUGCUACAGAAUGGUAAACAAAUGGUACAAGAAGGGGCCUUGACUGCUUUAGCAUCAGUUGCUGAUUCAUCACAGGAAUACUUCCAGAAGUACUAUGAUGCGGUUAUGCCAUACUUGAAAGCUAUAUUAGUGAAUGCAAAUGAUAAAGCUAAUCGUAUGCUUCGAGCCAAAGCCAUGGAAUGCAUUAGUCUUGUUGGAAUGGCUGUUGGAAAGGAAAAGUUCAGAAGUGAUGCUAAGCAGGUGAUGGAGGUUCUUAUGUCGUUGCAAGGAUCUCAAAUGGAGACUGACGACCCCACCACAAGUUAUAUGCUUCAAGCAUGGGCCAGAUUAUGCAAGUGUUUGGGGCAAGAUUUUCUUCCGUACAUGAGUGUAGUUAUGCCUCCGUUGCUUCAGUCUGCCCAACUUAAACCUGACGUGAUUAUCACAUCUGCUGAUUCAGAUAAUGAAAUUGAAUCAGAUGAUGACAGUAUGGAGACCAUCACACUUGGUGAUAAGAGAAUAGGGAUAAAGACUAGCGUACUCGAGGAGAAAGCUACAGCUUGCAACAUGUUGUGUUGUUAUGCCGAUGAGCUAAAGGAAGGUUUCUAUCCAUGGAUCGACCAGGUUGCCCCAAUACUAGUGCCGCUUCUCAAAUUUUAUUUUCAUGAAGAAGUUAGAAAAGCGGCCGUUUCAGCCAUGCCUGAGCUCAUGUGCUCUGCAAAAUUAGCUUUAGAGAAAGGGCUUGCUCAGGGUCGUGAUGGAUCAUAUUUAAAACAGCUGUCUGACUACAUAGUUCCAUCAUUAGUGGAAGCUUUACAUAAGGAGCCUGAUACGGAAAUUUGUGCAAAUAUGUUGAAUGCGUUGAAUGAAUGCCUACAGAUAUCUGGUCCACUUCUAGAUGAAAAUCAGGUGAGAAGCAUUGUGGAUGAGUUAAAGCAUGUGAUCAUUGCCAGUUCAAGCAGGAAAAAGGAACGCGCUGAAAGGACCAAUGCUGAAGAUUUUGAUGCCGAAGAAGGAGAGCUACUUAAAGAGGAAAACGAGCAAGAAGAAGAAGUCUUUGACCAAGUUGGUGAAAUCUUGGGGACUUUAGUAAAAACGUUUAAAGCCUCUUUCUUGCCUUUCUUUGAUGAGCUAUCGUCUUAUUUAAUGCCGAUGUGGGGCAAGGAUAAAUCAUCUGAAGAGAGAAGAAUUGCUAUUUGCAUCUUUGAUGAUGUUGCAGAGCAGGGUCGUGAAGCAGCGUUAAAGUAUUAUGAUACCUAUCUUCCAUUCCUUCUUGAUGCAUGCAAUGAUGAAAAUCCAGAUGUCCGACAGGCAGCUGUAUAUGGCCUUGGUGUGUGUGCAGAACAUGGAGGUUCUGUUAUCAAGCCUCUUAUUGGAGAGGUCCUUUCAAGGCUAAAUUUUGUUAUAAGGCAACCCGAUGCUCUCGAACUCGAUAAUGUGAUGGCAUAUGAUAAUGCCGUUUCUGCUUUAGGGAAAGUAUGCCAUUUUCAUCGUGACAGUAUUGAUUCCGCUCAGGUUAUUCCUGCAUGGUUAAGCUGUUUACCGAUAAAAACCGAUCUUGUUGAGGCUAAAGCUGUUCAUGACCUGCUUUGUUCUAUGGUCGAAAGGUCAGCAACAGAACUCCUGGGCCACAACAAUCAAUGUCUGCCUAAACUUAUUUCCAUUUUUGCCGAGAUUUUAUGUGCGGGGAAGGACCUUGCCUCGGAGCAAACUAUAAAUCGCAUAAUCAACCUUUUGAGACAGCUUCAACAGACACUACCACCUGCAACAUUAGCUUCAACAUGGUCAACCCUGCAGCCCCAACAACAACUUGCAUUGCAAUCCAUUUUAUCAUCAUAACGUCAUCAUCAUAUAUAUUUGCCAUAAUGCGCUAUUUCUGUUCUUUUUCGUGUGGAAAUCACGAAUAAGAUGUUUUGUUGAGUGUGAAGUAUGUCGAGUGCGUAAAUUUCGGUUAUCAGCAUGUCUAUAUUAGAAUUUGAAAGAUCUGUAGUUUUGAGUAUUGUGAAUUUGUGAUUGUGAGUAUGUGGAACAAAUCAUCUCCUAGUGAGGUUUUGGUCAUCUUUCUUUACUUGUUUUUGUAUUGUA